AUGUUUUUUGUGGCAGCUGGGUUCUUGCCUUUAAAAUUAAAUCAGCUGAACUUUUUGGCACUGCAGCUACAAGUUUCUGCACGUAGCUGUUUUAUCAAUGAUGUGCUCGUUAUACCUACUUCUAAAAAGACAAGGGUACAAAUUGUUGAGAUUUGCUUGGCAACAAGACCCCACAAUGACUGCUUGCGUCCUAUAAGUAAGCUGAAGGCAAUGGGUAGUGGUUUUGAGGUGAUUUCCGGUGGAAAGAAAAAGCUUGUCGGCUCUGUUCCUGCUGAGUUGAACAGAGACCAUAAUCAAAUUUUGGAGUUGGCCCAGGCUCAAGGUUUUGUAACUGUUGAUGAGGUAGAGAGACAGCUUUCGUGGACAACUGGGCGUGCCAUUGAUGCACUUGAUGUGUUGUUAGAUGAAGGUCUUGCUAUGAUUGAUGAAGGCCACAGAGAUGGCAGACGAUGGUAUUGGUUUGCCUGUGUGUCUUCAAUCAAACUCAUCAGUUUGGAGUUGAUACUUAGCAUAAUGUUUCCUCUUUCAAUGAAACUGUAUUAA